UAAAUUUUAACUGCUCUUUAACUUAAGAUAUCGUCGGCAAAAUAUAAACAUAACCUAUCGAACUUGCGAGUGUUCGGAGAAAAUUAACAAAAUAACUCGAUAACUGCGGCUUACUAAUUUAUUAUGAUGAAUGUGUAGGAGCCGAAAGAGUUUUUUUUUCGUGCAAUGGGAGCGAUUGGAUCAUACGACGCAUUACAAGAGUACCAUUUAGAGAUAAGAUAAUCAUAUACUUUCUAUGUACAUAUACAUCAUUGUUAUACACAUACAUAUAUUGUCUUGUACACUUUUAUUCUGAUUUUGUACGAAAAUGUCCGGUAAGAUUGUUGUAGUGGGUUCAUGUAUGAUAGAUUUUGUCAGUUACGCCCCUAGAUUGCCAAGAGCAGGCGAAACCAUUCAUGGGCAUAAAUUUGUAACGAAUUUCGGAGGCAAAGGUGCCAAUCAGUGUGUCGCUGCCGCUAAAUUAGGAGCGCAAACGUCUCUAAUUGCUAGGGUCGGAGAUGAUGUCUGGGGGCCCAAAUACAUCGCCAAUCUUGAAUCGCUUCAAGUGAACACUCAAUAUGUGAAAACAACAGAGAAUUCCAGUUCUGGAAUUGCUCAAAUCAACGUGGCGGAUAAUGGGAUGAAUCAGAUAAUUAUUGUCGCGGGCGCCAAUCAACGUCUUAAUCUAAAAGACAUUGAAGACGCUGAAAGUAUCAUCAGUUCCGCUGAUGUUCUGGUGUUACAGUUGGAAACCCCUGUUGAAACUGCUAUAAGAGCAUUGCAAUUGGCUAAAGGGGUUUCAAUUUUAAAUGGCGCACCGGCAAUAGAAACAUUUAAUGAGGAACUUUUGAGAUUACCUUCAAUAUUUUGCGUGAAUGAAAGCGAAGCUUCGAUAUUUUCAGGGCUCCCUGUGAACAACCCUAAUGAAGCUGAAACGGCUGCCAAAGAGUUAAUAGCGAAAGGGUGCCAAAGCGUUCUAAUCACCUUAGGCGAAGAUGGGGCUAUUUUUCUCACAAGUGAUCCAAAUGUGCCUGUUUUCAAAGCAGACGCUCCUCAAGUCAAAAGUGCUGAUACAACAGGGGCUGGAGACGCCUUUAUAGGGGCUUUAGCCUUUUGCUUGGCUAAUUUGAAGGAAUUCUCCAUUCAGCAGGCCAUUAAAGCCGCAUGUAUUGUAGCUGCAGACAGUGUUACAAGAUUGGGUACUCAGAUAAGUUUUCCGGGUGAAGAAAUUUUAAUCAGAAUUGUUUAAAUUUGUUUGGAUUUUCGAAAUAUAAUACUUUUUCCCACCGAAAA